UUAUAAAGACCUCCAGAGACAGAGCUUCUUCCCAUCCUCACUAACCCUGCCAAAGAAAACCCAUAAGACCCUCUUCUCCUUAACCCGGGGCGUAGAACACAGCCCGUCAAUUGCCAAUUUGCCAUGGCUUUAGCAGAAAGAGUUGUGGCUCAGGCUCUUCUGCUAGUGAUGGCUGCCUCGCUGCAGUUGUCCCAUGCAGCUGUUUACAAGGUUGGAGACUCUGGUGGUUGGACCAGCAUUGGCAAUAUAGACUACAAGCAGUGGGCUGCUACUAAGACCUUCCAAGUUGGUGAUAUUAUUCAUUUUGAGUACAAUGCUCAGUAUCACAAUGUGAUGCGAGUAACCCAUCCGAUGUACAGGGCCUGCAAUGCCACAGCCCCUUUGGCCACCUAUACCACUGGCAAUGACACGAUUAACAUUACCACAAAAGGCCACCACUAUUUUUUCUGUGGUGUUCCUGGUCAUUGUCAAGCAGGACAGAAAGUUGACAUCAACGUGCUUCGCACAUCUGAAGCAGCUCCAACUCCAUCUCCAUCUGGAGUUAGCCCUCCAUCAUUUCCUUCAGUUGGUAUUCCUGCACCGUCGCCAAGCAGCGCUGCCUCUUUGAAAGCUUCGAAGGGGGGUUUCAGUAAGCUUGGUUUAGCAAUGGCUGCUUUUGCAGUUUUUGUAUCGGGUUUUCAUUAAACAAUUUUAGUUUGAUUGUUCUGUUGAAUUACAUUAGGGUCUUGUGGGGAUUUCUGGGGAUGUUAGUAUACUUUUUUUUGUAAGGUCGUUGGUUGCAGUGACAUGUAAUUCUCAAGAAAUACUCUAAUAAUUGUAUGAUCAAUAUAUUACUGAGUAGCUCCUUUAUGGAAGAACGCCUUGCUAAA